CCCAUCCUGGUCGCCUCUCUGGAGACAAUAACAAAGCCUCAACCUGCGCUGUCCCUCCCGCUGACUGGGGACUGAGAGACAAGCGACCCCCGUUGUCUGUCUGCCCGCUGUGUGUGCCUGUACUGUGCGUGUGUGCUGCGUCUUUCCAGCUGGGCCCUCUCUUCCCACCCAGUUUUUGGCCUUCAUUUUUCUUUUAUCACGAGGAUUUCCCCAACUGCGACCGCCGUUUGGCCCUCCCGCAUUCCAGUCCUGCUUUUUUUAUUCCUUUGUUCUUUGUGGCAUGCGAGUAGAGUGCAUGUGAGACCCAAGUUCUAUUUUCUGCGCCAGCGUCCAUCUUUGAAGAGAAAGAAAAAGGGCUCCCCGUCAUCCGUCUAGAUUGGCUCUUUUUGCGUUUCCUCGUUUUUAUUUGGCGCAUCGACUUGUACUCUCUUCUCCAGUUUUGGCCUAAUUUUGUUGGUUUGCGCACUCCGCACACGCCUGCAGCGGUUGCCCGAGCAGCACCUUAGCCUCGGCGGCCUGAUUGGGACCAACCUUAAGUUGCUUCUUUCGAGCGUCAUCGUCUCUCGUUUUUGGACUACGCCAGUUUUGGAUGUCUUGAUACGCCAAUAACAACGCCUCGACUUUCAAUACACUCCUCUUCCUGCUGCGGAAUUCGCCUCCUGCAAUUCAUCUUUGGACAAGAUCUUUGCUCGUGCGCGACCUUUGCAUAAGGAAUUGGCAUCUCCAUUCGACUGCGGCGAAAUUGCCGCCAUUAGUUACAGGUCAACAUGGUUGACUCCAAGAAGGUUCCUCCUCUUCCCGCCCCUACAGAAACCGACACGGCGACUCCAAGCGAGUUAGCUACCGACAUCUCCAGACCUGGAGACGACAAAUCAACCUACUCAUUACCAGAAGACGGCACUCCCGUCACCAUCAAAACCCGCGGCCACAAAGCCAAUCGCUCCCAAACGUCCCUCCUAAUCGAAUACUUUGAGGGCGGCAAGGUCUCGGCGUCUGGAUCUGGCACAGAAGAACGCAAACCCAGUGUUCGUGUCCGCCUUACCCCGUCGAAAAAGGGCAAAGGUGACCACUUCCAAGUCACGGAGACCAAGGGAUCCCGCAAGGUUUCCAUGACCCGCCGUAUUCCAGUCGACGCCAGCAGCAGCCCCCACGACCUAGACCUCCCAGAAGGCGAGGACGCACAUAGUAUGACUUCCUACGCAUCUGCUACCGAAGAGUCGAAUGUCUCGCGAAAUCCCAUCGACAUUGAGAUUGAACGAGGCAACCGUCGCCGCCGACCAGCCAGCCCACUUAUCCCCUCCGAGGAGCGAAUCGCCUACAUGCCAGGAAAUCCGUCCGAGAUCUCAGCCAUUCCCACCGAUAGCUUCCUAGACGGAACGGGCCCGUCCGGCGACGUCAGAGACUCCACCACCCGCAGUAAAGGCGACGCCCUUGCUGGUGCAGCAAUUGGCGCUGCAGCCGGAGCGGUAGCCCAUGAAGCGCUGCGAAGCAGCAAGACACGAAGCAACGAGCGGGCCAGAGUUUCUGAUAAAUCGAAAAAAGAGUCCUCCGAUAAGAAGAAGCGAUCGUCAAAGAGCAGAACAAGCAGCGGAGAAUAUGCAUCGGAAGACGUUCGAUCUCCCCGUCGUCGCUCCAGCCGCAGUCACCAGGAGUCGAAUGUCUCGGGUGUGCCAGACUCCAGUUUUGUAUCGACAAAUCCGUCAGCAACAAGCCAGCGAUCCCUCGAUGUUCGAUCUGUUCGUUCAAGCGCUUCAAAGGCGUCGUCCAUCAAUAAUCCUAAGCUCUUGGAAACCGUGGAAGACGCCAUUCGCCGACUGAUUUUGCCAGAGCUUAGUGCGCUCAAGCGUGAGCAAAGCAAACGAGAGGGCCGUCGCUCGUCAAUCACAUCGACCGGAACGGGGGAAUCUCGUGAAGAGGGCUAUUCUGAGCGUCGUCGCUCAUCUAGCCACAGAGCUGAUGGUUCCAAAGAUAGCCCCCGCCGAGAGCGCCGGAAUAGAGAGGCCCGACACGAAUAUGAUGAUGACUCCCUGAGAAGUAUUAGUCGGGAUUCGCUUGGUGAUGAUUACACUACGGCGUCGCCUCGCCGAAGCGAGGGUCUCCUCAAAGCCGCCGCUGCAGGUGCAGUUGGUCUUGCGGCUGCAAGAGGUAUUAGUUCGGCCAUGGAUAGCCAGGAUACAUCCGAUAGAAAACAUAGGGAGCGACGACGCCGUCGAGCAGAGUCAUCACGGAGCAGUGGCCUGGGCGAAUAUGGUACGGAAUUUGACGCUGCGGACGAUCCUGCCCCGCCUAUGCCUUUGAUGAGCGAUAUCAACCCGUCAGAAGUUACAAGAACGUCCAUUCUUUCGGCAGAUACCGACAGACCACAUUCAGCUGAAGAAGAGAUUCUCUCGCGGGAUAUGCCAGAAGCCAUUGCUGCGCCGAUUUCACAUCUUACCGCUACGAAGCCACCCAUCGACUUUCUACCUCCCAUGUCUAUCCAGCAUGCUAAUGUUUCUCAAGGCGACUUGACAGCGCUCCCUCGUGGCCAAGACAAGUUUGCUGAAGAAUACGAAACGGACGAGUUUGGCAGAAAGGUGCCCAUGAGCCAAGACAACUAUUAUUCUCAGGAGAAUACGCGCGAGCCAGAGUACAACGACUACCCAGAGGAUUCGUACUACAACAGCUACCAUACUUUCCAGGAUGUCCCACCGCCUCUCAAAUAUGUUCCGUAUCAAGCUGGAGCUCGUGGACUUAGCCCUAUCCCCAGCGUUUCGGGGUACACCGAAGCUGGCAGCGAAGCGCCUCUGCCUCAGCGAGCAAGGAGCAUGCAAUCUACCGGGGAUGUCAUGUCGUCACCUGGAAAGUCACCAAACCCACAACACGAACCUCGUUCGAUGCAGUCAAUCGAUUCUAUCCAGCUCACUCCCGAUAUGCAUAAGCCCUCACAGCAAGGAGAAGAGUACUUCCCCGAGACUGCUGCUGGUCAACAGGUUCGUGGAGGUGCCAACGCAAAUCCCAACAUUAUCCAUCCUCCGUUUGGAGUUGAGUCUGCUGUUGCAUCGCUGGUGGAUGGCUCCAUGCUGGAGCAAUCCGUUGUUACUGGUGCGUCUGGACAUGAGUACCAUGGCGCAGCUCGUGACUCUUUCAUAUCAGCCGAGGACGCUGCCAGGAUGGACAGCCGUGGUGUCAGCCCAGACAAGAUGUCUAUUGACAGCCGUAGAGACUUCCUUGAGGACACUCGCGGGACACCCGAGGCCCGAUCCCUUGCACAGUCUCAUGAAUUCUCUGAAUAUGAGCUGGAUGAGAAUGGCCGAAAAGUUGCCAAAACUCGACAACGGCACUCGCCCACAGCAUCCGAAGCUGCUAUUACCCUUGGAGCUGUUGGAGCCGCCGCGGCUGCUAUUAAGGCUGCGCAGAUGAGACAACAAGCUGUUGCCGAAGGACGAGCUGUCGAGUCAGACUUCCAACCUGUAGGUGUUGCUCGCAAUAGAUCGUUUAAGGAGCGUGCCCGUGAGUGGAAGCCUCGAACAACACCUACACCGAGCAUGGAUGAGAUGGAUUAUGAGGAGCAACCCAAGAUGAGCGCCAGCGCUGUUCCCGAUCUAAAUGACCCUACUCCCAUGUUUGGAUACCGUGAUGACGACGAUCUUGUCACUAACCCCUCCGUUGUGGGAGAGCGUCUCGAUGGCCAUGCAAAGGAGGUCGACUGGGAGGAGCACUCUGGGCGUAUUACUCCAACCCCCAAGGGCUACGCCGAAGAGACAUACGAUAAAUCUGGUCUUGGAAUUACAGCUGCCGCUGGAGCUGCUGCAUUUGGUGCUGCGGCUGGAAUGGCUGCACAUGCUGCGCGCCACGAUAACAUUGAUGAUGCCAACGAUUGGCGCCGCACAUCAGAAGACCGCAAGCGAGACACCAUCAUUACCAACCCAUACGAAGACACAAGCCCUGCGCAGAAUCCGACGCUGGAUGACCAGUUCCUAGAGCGCCAGUUGGAUGAUGCCUAUGGAGCACCUUACACCGGUAGCCCUGGCAUGCCGCAUAAGUAUGAUGAGGGUUACAUCUCUAACGCGGCCAAUGCUACACCAGAACCCAUUGCUCGUGAAAAGGUUGCAGACAUUGGCGAUCUUGAUCACAGUCUUGUGGCGGAGGAUCCAUUCUAUACGUCCAAGGAGAACAACCCCAGACAUCUUAGUGGACUUUCACAAGGUGUUGCUUCCCCCUUCUACGAUGCUGCCAUGGGUGGUGGUAUGGAUCGUAUCGAAAACCAAGACAUUGUCGCUCUUAUGCAACAUUUAAUGGUACGAGACGCUCAACGUAGCGCUCGAGACACCGAGAUUGUUGCCCUUUUGAUGAACGCCGCUCUCGAGAUGAAGAACUCAUUCCGCGAAAUGAAGGAGCUUGUUCAGGACACCAGCGAUGAUGUCAUCUUUGCCAACGUGGAAAACACGGAGAAGAUGGAAAAGGCGAUUCAGGGAGCCAAGCCAUACCCUUCAACCGCAGCCCGAUCCCUGCAAAGCGGUUCCCAGGCUGGUACUGGGGAAGAGGUUGUCAAGAAGAAGAAUCUCUGGAAGAGAGCCCUACAGGGUCUGAGCAACAAGGGCACCAAUGACUUGACGCGCAUUGAGGACAUGCUCGUUCAGCUCCUUGGCGAAGUCAACGACUUGAAGGCUCAGAAUGGCCAAGGUCCGGUGCGCAGUAGUCGUGCACAGUCUGCUGAACCAUUAGCUGGCCAGGACGACCGAGACCAGGACAGCCUGGACUACGAUCUGGAUGAUGCUGGUACAGUUCGGUAUACUGCGCAAUCGGGGCCACCGACAGCCAGAGGAACGGCAACACGCACAUUCUCCGAUCAUCGCAUCAGCACUGUUCCCGAGCAUGAGGAAGAGUACCAGUACGAAGACGGUCAGCGAACACCCAAGCCAACAACUGCUGCCAAGGAACUCUUAUCUCCUACUUAUGCUGAUGAGGUACCGCGGGGUGGCUCGGCACCACUAGACUCAUCAUCUCAUCCAGGAAGCGGCUCGAAUGGAGGAGCUGCCAUCAGCGCCGAUAACACGCCCAAGAGCGAAAAGGGCAAGAAACACAAAUCAAGCAGCUCGUCCGCAUGGUUCCCCAAGAUCUCACGAUGGUCCGAGACAACCGCUUCCAGCGUCGGUAAGGCAUUCCGCGGAAGCGGGACGUCAAAGAAGGGCGGCAAGUACGAAGACUAUCUACCGCCAUCGCGGUCCGGUUCCAGUCUGGCUUCGUAUGAGGAUGGCUACAGACAUGAUCCGUACGGCGAAGAUAAGUUGCACACGGGUUUCUCGAAUCCUAGUUUGAUUCACGAGAAACUCCCGCAAGAUGUCCCCCACCCUACCAUCCCAGCCUUUGCCAUCUCGGAGGACCCCAAGUACAAGGCACACCGUAACUCGGUCAACUUGCAGCAUCCUCAGCCUCGAUCUGGACAGACAGAACGACACCGCACAGCGCUCGAGUACUCUGCUCAAGAGUACGACUCGCCACAAACACCACGCUCAGCGGACUGGGCUGGAUCGGCCACAAGCCUAAGCAGGCUGCCGCCAAACACGAACCGAUACAGCACAACGUCGUCGGCAGCGGCUCGCGAGACGGACUAUGCUUUGGGGUCAACACAAGAUGCGCCACCCAGACCACCCAAGGAACCAAUCGAGAGCCCGCAUACUCAAACACCGCAGAAGUCUGUUCGAAUUUCGCAGCUGCAAAAGGACAGCCCCGCCGCACACAUGAGCUACGAGAGCGGCUACGGCAGCGGAACGGGUACCCAAGUCAGUCACUUUACAGACCGCAGCCCCAAGUUUGAGAACCGCAAUCUCAGCACGGCACGGGGGAUGCCUGCCCGACGUCCUAGUGGGCCGCGCGCCAUGACACCCAAGAGCCCUGAAGAUGAAGCGGCUCGUGAGGAGAGAAGACGCAAACGAGACACUUUUGGAACAGUUGCUAGCCAAGACACUGACACAUUCUAAGUAUGAGCCAGUGUGUUUGUGCAGCGUCUGUUUGUACGGGGGGUGGAGUGAGGUGGCAAAGAAAAAGUGUAGUGGAGGAUGGGAUCUAACGAUUUAACGUAUUUUUAUUGUUUAUUUUCCUGUUUAAUGUGAAUAUACAACUCGAUUAUAUUGUCUUU